AUGGAGAGACAGCCGAGAGCAGAUAAAUCGUAAACCGAACUGACACGACCCAAAAGAUUAUGGGAGAACCGCGAGUCUAACUAUCCGGAAAGGAUUUAGUAUCACUUCAUCGACGCGUUACAAGAUUUUCCCAUUAUCCUACCAUGUGCUUUCUUCUUUUUUUUCACACCGUGGAAACUUAACCUAAGGAAGAGGAUCCACAAUGAUCCACAUUUUUACAGGCAACUAAUUACAUUUGAAUUUUCGAACGAGCAUUCAGGAAAGAGAAUGUAACAAAAAUAUUUCCAGUAAAUUACUAGAAUACGUGAGUUUUAAACAAAAGCUGAAAUUCUCAAGCGAAUUCAAAUGUCUUCAAUAGAAACAGAAAAAACUUAUUUGGAAGCUCAGGAAAGAUCGUUUAUAAAAUACACGAUAUUCGAAAAAAGAAAUAAUUUUUAUAUUGUCAGAAAUAAUUAUCAGAAGAAACUAUAUCAAAUUUUUCUCCUAUCCAUGAAUUGUAAAGCAAAGGAGCGAUCGAAGCGACAUCAGAGAUUUUCCGAAGAAGGAUGGAGGAUUAUCAGUCCAGAGGAAGGUAAAAAGUAUUUGUCAAGGGAGUUUGCCACCAAAGGACUGGAGAACAGCUGUGAGGAAGCAGAAUUGACACGUGAAGGGCACGAAGAAAAUUCGUCGUGGUCACGAGGAAUGUCAUUCGUCGUAAAGCUGCAGUUUUCCAAAAGGAAGAGACAGAUUACAAGACGGCAAGCAAUAUUCAAGUCUCUUCGAAAGCCUUCGAUAUUAGUUAUUCCUCGUUCGAGAACGUUAUUCCAGUCGUUAACGAUAACGUGUCCUGCGGCACAAAAGCGACACCGGGAACGCACCUCUUCGUUAGUAAAAAUAAAUUCGGAGCGGUUGAUGAUGAGAAGAAGAAAAAAAAAAGGGAACAUAUGACGUUGUUUCAUGCACCUCUUGAAAUCCCUGACUCGCAGCUAAAAACGCGUGAUGUCGCUCUCCAAGCUAAAUAUUUGAACGCGUUACACGCUGGGAAAUUCUCUUCUUCUCUUGAGAAGUAUAAAAGGUACAUUUACCUUGGUUUGAGAAAUAAAACAGCCAUGAGAGGAUGCACAUUGAUCUCUGGAUGUGGGAGAAAAGAACUCGCAAAGCGAAAAGGUUCUAGCUUAGGGUGGGAUGAACGAAGCAGGAUGCCAACAGAUGGUCACAACCACGUGUUCGUUCUUAAGAAUCAUACAAUUGCUGCGAAUAACGGAACGUUGGACAAGAACGAGAAAAACGGUUCAGCCGCGUUUGCUUGCUGCUCGUCGGAGAAACGGAUCCUCGUAGGUGUAUGCACUUCCUGGCCCCUUUUUCACAUGUUUCCCCUUCGCGGCGGGCAGAAGGAUAGAAUUCUGAGGCCCCGACCUGCUUCCAUGCUCUUUUCAAAGAAUUCCUGUGCUUUGUCGCCCGGGACAAUUUCUAUGGUCGAUGGAUAUAUAAGACCCAUAGGUGAAAGUGAUACACAUCACCACCCCUUCUGGCUCGAAUUGAAAUUUAUUUUAAACGUCGUGUCACUCGCUGGACCCUCGAGGGUGUCUCCUCGGAUUCGGUUACCCCCCCCUCGUGCGAAUAUGGAGCACAGGUUGCACACGGUUCCUCGAGUCAAGUGCCACGCGGGAUUGACGACGAGGCGGGCGAUCGCAACUUCUCGAGCGGAAAACGGUGACCACGCCGUCCAACACGCAGACCUUAAGUUCCAUUGGCCGCCUCGGGGGCCCUAUCGAGAGGCUUCUGGUAGAAUUGACACUCUCUGUGCUGAUAGUUCUGGCCCAUUUCACCUCCGAAUCCUCGAAAGCGUUGUCAACGUCAAUAUCAUCGAAACCAGCUGGCGUGUUAGCCGCGGCUUAUACAGCUGCCACUUUGGUUUCAAGUCCGUUUUUGAACCCUGCUCGCGCACUUGGGCCAGCGUUCGUCAGCAACCGUUGGGACAACCACUGGGUGUACUGGGUGGGCCCACUGUCCGGAAGCGCGGUGGCGGCCCUUCUCCACGAGUACGUUCUGAAUCCAAAACGGUCCAGGGACCCGCGAGACAUGGACGACGGCGACAACUCGUCGAUGAGAUCCGACGAGGACACGUACGACGAUCUGGAUAAACCGACGGGUCCGAAAUUCCCGAGCGCGUACGCCACCUAUCGUCCGGUCGUCGGAGCGUCCUCUUCCAUCUACAGCGCACCGCCGACAGCUCUGGAACGCGUGGAAUCGAUCUACGGGGGCACCAAAUCACUCUACUGCAAGUCUCCGCCCCUGACCAGAGCGAAUUUAAAUCGCUCGCAGAGCGUGUACGCCAAGUCCACUUCCGGGGCACGGGACGGCUUGAUGAUCCCGAAACCGGGUCCCCUGGUCCCUGCGCAGAGCCUUUACCCGAUCAGAAUAGGGCAAACCGGUUCGAGCGCGGGCGGCAGAGACAGCCAACAGCAAAAUAGUUCGAACGGCCAGAGUCAGAGCUCGCAGAAUCACAACAGCACGAACCAGAAUAUGCAGAAUCAGCUGCAACAGUGCACGCAGAGCAUUUACGGGAUCAGAGGGAUCUCGACGAGCCUCAGUAGCAGGGAGAACGGUGUCUACGGUAUGUCUGCGGGGACCAGCAUAUACGGUCGGGCCCCGGUCCCUCCCCCGGGUAGCCAGAAUCCUCAGCAAUCGGGUCCAAACGUCCAAUCCUCUGUUCAGAAUCAUCAUCAGCAGCAACAGCAACAACAGCAGCAGCAGCAGCAACAACAACAGCAGCAGCAGCAGCAUCAGAACGGAACGAUAUCCACCAACUCGGACAACGCGGUGAAUUCUAGAAGGCCGGAAAGUAUGUACGGGCACAUUUCCAGACGCAGCGACGAUUCUGCGUACGGUAGUUAUCAAGGCUCGACGCGAGGCAAUUAUGGAAAGGUACCUGGACCACCUCCUGGAUCAACCGGCCCUCCUAACGGGCCAGCUGGCCCUCCUCAGUAUCGCGAACAAGGGAGACCCAGUCCAGCCGGGCCGUUGCAGCAGAAUCAGCAAAGUACCUUCCAGAGGAAUUCACCGAAUCCUCAGUAUUGA